AUGGCAGAGAACGACAAUUUGCGUACAGCGUCGCUGUACAUCAACAACCAGCUGCUCUCGCGGGGACUGCUCCGCGAUGGUCAGACCAUUAACUUCGCCGACCCGGACGACAAUCCGGGCGGCACGGAGGCCACCAUGGGCAAGAUCAUGAGCAUAGUCAAUGAUUUGAUCUUGCGCCGAGACCGCGACGCCGAACACCGCGAGAACCUCUCGACCACGCUACGAACCAUCCGAGCCGAGAACCUGCGAUACACGGACGACAUUGCACGCAUCUCGGAGAAGCACACCGAAGCCCAGCGCAAGGUCGACAUCAGCGAGGCCACCGAAACCGCGCUGCGAACCCAGCUCAAAUCGGCAGACGCUGCUGUCCGCGGCCUCAAGGACGAGGUUGCCCGCGCCAAGACCCUCGUAGCCCAGACACGUGCCUCGUGCGCGACAGAGGUCCGCCGCCGCGAUCGCCAGAUUGACGGCCUGAAGAAGCAACUUGGAGACGCUGGCCGUCCUCGCGGCGCGGCAAAGAGCUCUGCGGUCACCGUCAUCACCGUCGCCGCCGGCGAGGGCGAGGAUAAGAUAUCGCCUAAGCGCGGUGGCAGGACAACCAACACCGAGGACUCGAACUAUGACUUGCGAAGCGAGACGAACGAAUUUCUUACAGAGCUUUCGCGCAACCUCAGCGAAGAAAAUGAGUCUCUACUCGGCAUUGUGCGACGAACGACGCAGCGACUGCGCGAGAUGAGCGGCUGCGAUGUUCGGACCACCCAAGGUGACGGUCAUGCAGUCGCUUUGCCUACGGCCGAGGACAUGGCUACGGAGCUUGACGCCAUUCUUGAGCAUCUUAGAUCGAUUCUCACGAACCCUUCAUUUGCCCCUAUUGAGGAAGUUGAAGUCCGUGAAGAGGAGAUUGCCCGCCUGCGUGCUGGUUGGGUCAAGAUGGAGAACCGUUGGCAAGAGGCUGUCCACCUCAUUGACGGCUGGCGUCGGCGUAUGGCUGUUGACGGCAAGCCUGUCAAUAUGGAGGAGUUGAAGAUGGGUCUUCGUCUCAGUCCCGUUCGUGUGCGCAAUGUCGAGGAGACUCAGCACGGCGGCGUAGACAUGCAUGAGCACGAGCUCUCCUGUGUCAAGGAGGAGUGUACCGCCGACUUCGACGAGGAGGACCAGGACCAGGACCAGGAAGAGGAAGAAGAAGACGAGGACGACGAGGAAAUGCCUGAGUCUCCUUGCCCUCAACCCCAGCGAGUCGAGCAGAGAGUCGAGUCUCUUCAUCUUGUUCCCGCGCCUGAACAGUACAACAACAACUUCAGAGAAGUUCAGUAUGAUGACCUCGAAGAUGACCGAAGCGACUACGAGUCUAGCAUUUUUGAGGAUGUCGAUGUUGAGGAGCUCGAUGUCGAGGAGCCCAACGUCGAGAUCCUCCAGCAGUCUGCCGCAUACGUCAGCCCCCCUCCUCUCCCUCCUGCUCCUCAAUUGAGCCCCCUGAAGGACUCUUCCUCGGCUGGCAACCGCGAUGUUCGGGCUCGCCGCGAAAAGCCAGGCGACUUCACCACCAUCACUGAAGAAAAGACCUGGGAGAUCCGCGCCGUCGAGGCAGUCGCACCCAAGCCUCCACCGCACCGCACCCAGCUCCCGCGCUCACCUCAAAAGCCCUCAUACCCUGUCGACGAUUGCUUUCGCGUCACCUCAGCCACCUCUGUCGACUCUGAAUCCACCCACAACGGCGCACCGCUUAAGACUCCCGCAGAGUCUCCCCCCUCUGCCGUGAACCAGACGCCCACAGUCCGCAAGCUUCCAAAGCCGCCUCAUCUUGCAACCGCGCAGCCACCAUCCGCCCCCGCGGAGCCGCGCUCUCCAACCGCCGCCAUCCGCACAGUCUCGCAGGAGAGCAACGAAAGCAACGACGGCCCGCCCCCAGGGCCCGCCACGCAAACUAACAGCACAAAGGCGACGCCGGCCCGAACGCCGCUGCGCCGCGUUCCCUCGCGUCUGCCUCUCCCUCGCCCAGCAGAGCCUCAACCCCAACAAAGCCCUUUGACAAUGGCUACCAUCGCCGCAAAGCUCGCCGCUUCAGAGCGCGAGGCCGACGCCGCCCGCGUCCGCGCAAAGCUCAAGGCCGCUCGCGGAGGCGCGAUCAAGGCGGUCGCGGCGCCGCCAUCGCAACAGUCAACGCCGCGACCCAUGCCUCCCCCGCCGCCAGAGACCAUCGUCGCCGUUCCACCGGAGCCGAAGCAGCCCGAAGCCGUCUCAGAAUCAAAGCAAGAUCUGGACCCCGUCAAGCGCGACCUGCCGCAGGAGGAAGAGCAACAACUCCGCUCUCCCAAGCGCAAGCGCGACAGACGCGUCAGCAAAGUCCAGUCGAGGAGGAGAAGCACGCUUAGCCCCUGGGAGAUGGAAAGCCUCAUCUCGGGCAACGUCGCCGUUCCCCCUUCACCCGCGCGGUGA